AUGGGCGGCAUGGCAGCAGGUGAAGUGUCGGACAAGAAGACCUUCUGGCGCGAGGAACGUGCUCUAGGCACGUCUGGCACGCAUAAAAUCAACUCGGGAACGAUAGAGUGGCCCUUCGAAUACAUACUCGACCCCAGCAUGCCCGAAAGCAUCGAAGGCAUGAACAGCACAUACAUCGUCUACUAUCUGCAUGCAAGCGUCUCGAGACCUGGCUGGAACGCAAAGGACAUCACUACCACACAGCACAUCCGAAUUGUGAGAACUCUGGGCGCCGAGCAGAUGGAAACAACUCGCUCAAGGGUAUGUAUUUCGACGACGAGUAUUCCAACAAGUAUGCUGACUCGCUCUCCGACANNGACAAACGCCGACAUUUGGGCAAACAAGCUCAGCUACAGCAUCUCGAUUCCCACCGACGCCGUCGUUUUUGGAACUUCGAUUGUUGCAGACGUCGAACUGUCACCUAUUCGAAAGGGUAUCAAGCUCGGCAAGAUCGAGAUGAGGCUCAUAGAAGCAGUGACCAAACGGAUACAAUCAGCCGAGGUACCCGACCAGCGUGGUGACCGAUGCAAGGUCGAUGAAUCAGAUGUUGCAAAAGCAGAAAUGGAAUUCCCCGAAGACUCGCGUGUCACUUUUGCCGACGAGAGCGCCGACAACCCCAUCAUGGAAGACGAGAAAUACGUCUUCAAGGCUACUCUGGAACUGCCCAAGUCUCUCAAGCAAUGCAGACAAGAUGUGGAUUCUCACAACAUCAACAUCACGCAUCGUUUCAAGCUCAUGGUCAAUAUUCACAAUCCGGAAGGCCACAUCUCUCAGCUCGUCUGCCGUCUUCCUGUCAAACUCUUCAUCUCACCAAACCUGCCCGUCGAUGACUCGAACGAGGUUCAAGUCGCUGCAAGAACCAUGACCGACGCCGAACUCAACCAACAAGAAGUCACUUUGAACGCCCCUCCAGAAUACGGUCGUCACCAGCUCGAUGCUCUAUACAACGAUAUCAACACGGGUGGAUACAUGAGUCGUGCUCCCAGUGGAUCGGCCACCCCUUUCUAUGCCCAAAGUCGCAACGCAUCUUCAGAAAAUCUGCAAUCUUUGAACGGUGUCGCAGACAUGCAUCACUCGCAAUCAAUGACUGCACUUGGUGGCGGCGAAAGUCACUUUGUACCUGCUCAGCUUCGUUCACGUCUCGCCAACUUGCAAGACCAAGGGUCAAGCAGACAGAUCCGUGCUGCGCCUGUAGCCCACCAUUCUCCAUCGGGCGGUAACACUCCUGCCUACACUGGUGGCUAUUUUGCGGCUCAUUUUGCCCAAUCGCACUCGGGUCAUGCUUCUCCACCACACCAAUCGCCCGCACACAGCGUACCGGAGUCACGCCGAGCUUCUGGAGAGGGCGAAGAUCUGAUCGACGACAACGUACCCCAUAUGGACGACUUCGACAUGGGCACGCUAUCAAGAGUUCCCAGUUAUGGAGCUGCUGUUCGUACUCCCGGACCGUUCACGCCUUUCCACGAUGGGCCUCCUAGUUACAUGGAAGCUACGAGCAGACCGCCAAGCCCUACCUUGCAACUUCCACAAAGGCCUAACGCUGCACAUGUCAGGAGCGGCAUCAGCACCCCCGGGUCUCACUCGAGCACUCAGACAUUGACCGGCGCUGUUACCCCUGGCAGCUAUGCUCCGAACGGCCUUACUCCCUUGACACAACUUCAUCCUCAUGAGGACAAUCGGUUGCGCUUGUUGAGGGCAAGAGGAGAUUAG